GCAACUCACGCUUCGCGAGUCCAAUUUUUUAAAUUUAUAAAUGAACAAUUGUAUGCGUAUGCGUGCGUAAAUAAAAUAAAUAAAAGUUGCCGCUGGGCUGCGAAUAAGCUUGAUUUCAGCGACUAAAUUGAAGUGCAUUUCGGAACUGUGUCGCGUCGCGUCGUGCCUUUUGUUGUUGUUCUUUGGGUUGGGUUGAUAAGUAGAAAUACUUAUUUUUAAACAAAUUCGUGAAGGGUACGCGACGAUCACAUAAAUAAAGUAUGUACAUAAUGUGUACAUAAUUGCAGCAUUUGUGGUGUAGCGGAAAGUUUCGUGCCAAAAGCAAUGAUCAAAACGAGUUUCAGUUUGAGUGCGAAUCUGUGUAAUUCCCAAAAUUAUUUUCAUUUUCCUGUGUCAUUCCAUUCGGUAGUAGAUUUAUUUCGACUGUCGCAUCAAAUUCGUAAAUUCGCUUAUUCGCAUUUUUCAAUAAACGCGCAAGUGUAUUUUCCGUGGCUUGAGUGGUUGCUAGUUGUAUGCACAGUGAAGUGCGUCGUUUCGUGGUUUAGUUCUUGUGUUCGCACUAGCCGGGCACUCAUUUUCACAGGAUCCCAUCCCGACCCCGCUGAAGCAAAUACAACGCGUUUCUUCGUACGCGCUAGCAAUGGAGGAGGCUAAGGGUUUGGAGAAACCACGCCAGCCCGUGGUCGAUUCAUUGGAUCUGGUUUCCAUGGAAACCGUUCCGCCGAUGGAGGCGCCUAAGGCCGAUGAUAAACUAGGCGAGUCCCUUUUGACAUCAGCACCGAACGGAUUGGUGGACACAACGCCCGUUGUGGAGCUGGAGCCUACAGCCCAAGGCGAGACCUCGGUGGCACCUUUAAAUAAUUUAUUCGACAUAACCUGCAACAAGGAGAGCAAGGACAACGAGAUUCCUUGCGUAUCCCCUCCCGUGGCAUCUGCAACAAACGGCUUGUUGGACACAGAUAUAACCAUGGAGGAGCCCAAGGGCGGGUCCAUCGCACGCCAGAUAACAGUGGCAUCUGAACUGAUCGGUUUGAUGGCAACAGCAUCCAUUGUGGAGCCCAAGAAAAUUUCUAUGUCAGAGCAGAUACCGGUGACAUCUGAGCCGAAAGACUUGAUGGUCACUGAUGAACAACCCAUUAAGACGAAAACGGAAGUCCCAGAAGUCCUGUUAGCACUCGAGGAAGUCAAGGAGAAACCCGAAGUCUCAACCAUCACAGCGAUGGAAUCUCUCAGGCGUUUCUGCUACAUCAGGAACACCGAACUGGCUGUCUAUGCGGGCCCUUUCAAGAAAUUUUCGGAAGAAACUUUCAAAGAUCUGCGCAAGCUAUGUGACCAGGUGCAAGCACAGCAGCUGGCUGACUGCCUUGUCGAGGCGCUGAUAAAUAACGAUGAGUGCUUGCCACGGCCCGAUGAGGCGCUGUUAGUGCUGGCAGUUUUUCUCUCCACGUGCACCAAUGAGACGGAAAGGAGCCUGAUUCGUAAUUACGUUCCACGACUGGUGCGCACCGACACGGAACUGUUCAUAUUCAUGGAGCUCGCAAACAAAGUGCAAAAAAUUCAAAAGUGCAAGACCCCAUUCAGUCGCACCGUCCGCAAGGCGGUCAUUGCGUGGUAUAAGGAGAGAUCUUUGGAUGAGCUGCUGCAUAUGUGGACAAAGGGCGAGCAAAUCUGUUCCUUGCACAAUAAUCUGCUGCGUCGUGUCCAUUACAGGCAGGAGCAUAUGACAAUCGAAUACAUGGCCACCCUACAGCUGUUGUCCACCCCCACCAAGAACCUGGUGACUUGGCCGGAAUUCCUCAACCCCCUGAUCGGAAGUAAACAAAUAAUUGAGGGCAUUGUUAAGCUCCGUAGCAUCACAAACGCCCCUAACGCAGUGGCUAUAGUGAAAGAGCUCUCAUUAACAUAUGAUCAAGUGCCCGAGAGUUUCCGUUCUGAUCCCGCGCUUGCCGAAUACCUGAUCCCAACGCUCAGCUAUGAACAUCUAUUUAAAAUCUCACCGCGGGUGUUGCUCUGCCUCAGGCGUGCGGCUAGGGACGCGUAUGACAAAUAUGAGAAGCUCUUGUUCGACAAAACAAAGAUGGAGGCGGCCAACAUAGCCCCGCUGUGCAUCUAUCUGAAAACUUUGCGUUUGCAAACGAAUGUUCGCCUGCGUAAUUUUUGUUGUGACCUCUAUGAGGCGUCAUUCGGACACAACAAGGCCUUGGGCAAGCGUUUGAAUAUUAGUGUGUGCUUAGACAAGUUCUAUAUCCGCAAAUACCUGAAAGGUCGAAAUCGUACUAGUAAUUACUUGGAUGCGCUGGUCGCAAUAGCCUUCGGGUAUUUUAAAACCGACUCAGACGGUAGCAAGGUGAGCUACUGGUGCGACCGCACUGGCCAGCUUCAGGAUUUAAGGUGGACGAAAAAUAUGACUUUGAUUGAGGCAACCGAUCGCUGCCAGACCCUAGAAGUGCAGAAAACCAAAAUGGACUUUCCACGAAUUUUCCUCAAUGCGUCUGAGGACCCCGAGAACUACGACAUUUUUCUCAUAGUUGUGCCGAAAGCCUCACGGGGAAACCCGAAUCACAGCUCAGCCAAAAUAGCUUCUCUCCUAGCGGAGUAUCGCCUAACUCGACAACCUAAGUCCAAGGUUAUCAUUAUAAGCUUACUAGCGUCGAAGCAGUCAAUGAGUUACUCGGUGAACAUGAACGAAAAUAUUUUGGAGUUGUGCGGCAUCAGCGAGCAGCUGCCCCAAAUCAUUAACGCCUUUUUAGCAGAAAAGUUCCAUUAGGGGGAACUCGAUUCGGGGAGAAGUGUGGCCAACAGAGAGCGAAAGGGAGAAAGAGCAAAGAACGAGUGCUCCAUCCCUGUCGCUUUUAUGACGCUAGGGGCAGGCCCCCCCAACCCACAAUGAUAUUAGCCACAAUGAUAGUAAUCACCCACAUUCACGCAUUUGCGAGCGUUACAACAGCGUUUUAAGUUAAACGUUAAUAAAGCGUUAAAACACACAUACACACAACGAACAGAAACACACAAAGGUUUUUAUUUGUGUUGUAACGCUCGUAUUGAGUACUCGGUUUUAAUUGAAAUUUGAAUCCCCCGCCCCGCCCCACUAUUUGAACUGUAUCAGAUUAAAUGCUGCAAGUGCUUCAGGCGAAUGAUUUAAUUUUUUGAAAUCAAACUGAAUCCACAGAACUGAACUCGAAUCUAAAUUCAAUUUGGAUUUAAGCAAAAUCCCAAAGCAUCUGAGCGGAAAGAAGUUAAAAAAGAACAAACAUACCAAAACGUAAAUGUAAAACCGAAACUGUAACAAAAUAUUAAAAACUAGAACAACUGCAACUGAUACCGAAACAACAAAUUGCCUUACAUACAAAAAAUGUUAGUUAAACUUUCAUUUUUAGUUUAGACUUUCUAAAUACGAAUACGGGCAGCGAAACGUACUGAAACACAAAUUAUGGCAUUUAGAUAAAGUUAAAGAAAUUCAAACUAAUCAUUAUCAUUAACUCAUAUGUAAACCUAAACCUUAGCCCUAGCAUAAAAUAGUCCAAGCCCAAGUAAGCAAUACGAAUAUCAGCUAAAUACAUGUAUAUGCAUAUGUAUACCCUCGUGUCGAGUCGAACGAAUCAUUAGCCUAAUAGUCGUAACGCGUACAAGAUAAGAAGAGACUCCCAAUGUGCCAUACACACAUACAAAACACACACAAACCACAUACUCACUGAAAUCAUUAGAAUUGUUUAUAAAAGAAAAUAGCUGAGAACAAUAAGGAGAGGAAAAACGCAACCAAUUCGACAAAACAAUUUGCUAAGCGAAAUUAUACUUAAAUUACUUAUACUGGUAUAUAGGACAUAGACACUAAUUUGGAUGAUAAGAAAAUUUAAGCCAACAAUGAAAAAAGCAAAACAAAAACAAAUAGGAAAUAUUUCCACGGACAUUUCUAACCAAAAUGUUUCCACACGCAUCUGUGAAGUAAACCGUUGUGAUCGCCUUAAUUUUUGCUUUACACGAAACGAAACGAAACAAAACUACAAAACAUUCAGAACUAGAACAAAAACAAAAAAGAAACACAAAACUAAUAUAAAACCAGAGGAUAUAUAAGUUAUUCUGUAUAGUUUUUGAACUCGUGAAAAAUAUGGAAGAAAAGAAAAGUACCUUUACAACAAAACAAAAGCAGCCACUGAAACUAAGAUAAACAAAAGCAAACAAAUUGAAUUACACCAAAAUGGCACACAAAUCAAGCAAACCCAACACAUUGUAUUCAAUAAACCCGCGCUGCCUGGCUUGUCUCCCCCAAGCACACACGAAUUAGAUAGAUGAAAGUAUAGAAUAUCCGAAGAUCCGAAGACAAGCGCUCAUAGAUUUUACAUCAUUUUGAAAUGGUGUUGAAUAUUUCGAAUCAGUCUUAAUAGACAUAGUUUUUCGUUUCUUUUACUCUUUUACUAAGAAUCUUACCUGUAAGGAAAAUUUGUAAACUCUUACGAAGAGAAUUUACACCGCCCAAAGAGAAAUCCGUGCUAUGAUUUUUGUGUAAUUUUUUCAUUUUUUGCACUAUUUUAAAUGGGGAUCACAUUCUGAAACGUUGAAUCAGAUAUCAGAUACAUGAGGUACAUACAUACAUACAUAUAUGUAUAUUAAUUUUAUGUGAAAAUAAGUUUUUUGUUUAAUAGUUCCUGCAGUACAUGACGAAUUUAAAAUCUAAUUUUCGGCGUAGCGUCUGAAACAGAUGGUUAGCCAGAGCAAACCGCAACGCAAAUUGGAUUGCAUUUUGAUUUGUUUGUUGUAUUAUCUACUUUAUAAUUACAUUUUUAGAUUUUUGUAUUAUUACUUUAGCUCCGAGGCCAAAUUUACUUUUACUUUUAUUAUUCUACAUAUAAAUAAAUACCCUUCGCUAUCCCACAAAUAAUUUGUUAAGUGGAUGGACUCUUAGCUCCACACAAAAACCAUUGUCAGAGAAAAGGUUGAACCGUUGAUAAGAAAAAUAAAAUAAAUUCUGAAUGCAAAGGCACACAAUUUAGUUAGUGGAACAUUUAAUUAUUUAAAACGAAGACGAAAGCGAAAUUGUUGAUUUUGAUGAAAUCAAAUCAAAAACUGAUACUGAAACUAAAACGAAACUGAAACUGAAACUGAACUCGAAUUGAAUCCGUAGUAACAGCAAGAAGACGAGCAAAACAUCAUGUGAUAUCUAUUUCAAAAAUAAAUCAAUUGA